GGCUGGGGGAGGGCGGGGGAGGAGGAGGAGGGAGGAGGUCGGUGCCCAAUCCAAGAUGGCGGUGCAGGAAUCAGCUGCUCAGCUCUCAAUGACUUUGAAGGUGCAGGAGUAUCCCACUCUCAAGGUGCCAUAUGAAACACUGAACAAACGAUUUCGAGCUGCACAGAAAAACAUUGACCGAGAGACCAGCCACGUUACAAUGGUGGUGGCAGAGCUGGAGAAGACGCUGAGCAGUUGUCCUGCUGUGGAUUCAGUCGUUAGUCUCCUGGAUGGAGUAGUUGAAAAACUCAGUGUUCUGAAACGAAAGGCAGUUGAAUCAAUCCAGGCUGAAGAUGAAAGUGCAAAACUUUGCAAACGUAGGAUUGAACAUCUGAAGGAGCACAGUAGUGACCAGCCAGCUGCUGCAAACAUGUGGAAGAAGAAACGUAUGGAUCGUAUGAUGGUGGAACAUCUUCUACGCUGUGGCUACUACAAUACAGCUGUAAAACUAGCGAGACAAAGUGGUAUUGAGGACUUGGUAAAUAUUGAGAUGUUUUUGACUGCUAAAGAAGUGGAAGAGUCAUUGGAAAGACAAGAGACGAUGACUUGCUUGGCUUGGUGUCAUGAUAACAAAUCCAGGCUUAGAAAAAUGAAGAGCUGUCUGGAGUUCAGCCUAAGGAUUCAGGAGUUCAUCGAACUCAUUCGACAGAACAAGAGACUGGAUGCUGUGAGACAUGCAAGAAAGCAUUUCAGUCAGGCUGAGGGAAGCCAGCUGGAUGAGGUUCGACAAGUGAUGGGAAUGUUGGCCUUUCCUUCAGACACUCAUAUCUCCCCCUAUAAGGAUCUCUUGGACCCCGCUCGAUGGAGAAUGCUGAUCCAGCAGUUUAGAUAUGAUAACUACAGACUACAUCAGCUGGGAAACAAUUCUGUUUUUACUAUAACACUCCAGGCAGGCCUUUCAGCUAUAAAAACACCACAGUGUUAUAAAGAGGAUGGGAGCUCAAAAAACCCAGACUGCCCUGUGUGUAGCAAAUCCCUGAACAAGCUGGCUCAGCCCCUGCCUAUGGCACAUUGUGCCAACUCCCGACUAGUCUGCAAGAUUUCGGGGGAUGUAAUGAAUGAGAACAAUCCUCCUAUGAUGUUACCAAAUGGAUAUGUCUAUGGAUACAAUUCUCUGCUUUCUAUUCGUCAAGACGACAAAGUAAUUUGCCCAAGAACCAAAGAAGUCUUCAACUUCUCACAAGCUGAGAAAGUCUACAUCAUGUAGGUCCAUACAACUCCUGAUGAAGUGCCGCUGGAAUUUUGACACAGUGUAUAUUGGCAUACCCUGUACGGGGGGGGCCUUAAUGUGUGGCAAAGAAGCAAAACCUGCCACCUUGGGGAUCAGACCUGUCGGUGGCAUUCUUGUUUCUUGCGACCAAAGAUCAAUAAGCAACAAUAAACACUCUUUAAAAACAAAACAGGAAAAAAAAGAGAGGAAUUGUGACUUAAGUUUGUACUUGAAUAAAAAUGAAAACGAAUUUUGAUUGUUAAGGUUUUGUAACAAGGUCAAAAAUUGGACUUCUCAAAAGUAUUUUCAUCUUCUUUAAAGGAUAAAUUUCUUUAAAGAUGGACAUUUGCACUGGGGGAAAGGUUACAACAGAGUUGAAAUGAAAUCCAUUGUUCUUCCCUCUUUUUUCACAAUUGUCCAAGACCCUUUUGUUAGCAGAGAUUUCAGUACUACCAAUAUGUUCUCCUUGAAGCUCCUCUUUGCCUUCUUUAUGAUCCUCUCGUGAAGUUCUCCUGAACAUGAAUUCUAUAACUUAUUUCUGUGGGAAGAUACUGAUGUCUUUGACGCAAGAGUGGCUUCUCUGGAGGAUCAGCUUUGAAGGAGUACAAAGGCUUUUUCCAAACCCAAAUCUUUUAAGGAGGUUGCAUAAGUAUCAAGAGGAACUGAGAACAUUUCAGGCAAAAUCCAAUGCUUGUUUAAAUGUUCUUUUUCCAGUCUACCAUAGUGUUAAAGUCCUUCUAAAGUUCUUAGUUAUGUGCAUAGGGUUCAAUAUGAAAUCAUUAGUGCUACUGCCUUAUUUCUUGCUUUGAGAAUGUACUCACAUGAAAAUGAGCUGGUAUUCUUAAGUGUUGGGCAAAGUUUCUGAAGAUGCCUUGCAGGAUGAUUACAUAAUUUUAGGGUCUAAAUAGUCUUCAUUACUGAAACUAAUAGUUCAAUUUUAACAACUACAGAACACAUCCUUAUGACUUUUCAAACAGAAUUAAACCAUUGUAGUUUAAACAAAACCAUAUUGUAGAGGUUUGUAUUUAGCGCUUAUUUUUGCAUGUUGAUGUUGAUUAGCUAAUAAAAGAUUGUAAAUGUACAACAUGUUAAUAAAAAUUGUUUUCCAUUCCUUGGUUAUAUAAA